GCUGAUAAAGCAGUGGAGGACAGUGAGAAGAUCUUCACCGAGCUGAUCCGUCUGAUGGAGAAAAGAAGGUCCGAUGUGAAGCGGCAGCUCAGAUCCCAGCAGGACACUGAAGUGAGUCGAGUCAAAGAGCUUCAGGAGAAGCUGGAGCAGGAGAUCACUGAGCUGAAGAGGAAAGACGCUGAGCUGAAGCAGCUCUCACACACAGAGGAUCACACCCAGUUUCUACACAACUACCCCUCACUGUCAGCACUCAGUGAAUCUACAGACUCAUCCAGCAUCAACAUCCGUCCUCUGCGCUACUUUGAGGACGUGACAGCGGCUGUGUCAGAAGUCAGAGACAAACUACAGGACGUUCUGACAGAGACAUGGACAAACGUCUCGCUGACAGUGACUGAGGUGGAGGUUUUACUGUCAGGACCAGAACCCAAGACCAGAGCUGGAUUCUUAAAAUAUUCAUGUGAAAUCACACUGGAUCCAAACACAGCAAACACACAGCUGUUAUUAUCUGAGGGGAACAGAAAAGUAACAUUAAUGAGUCAACAACAGUCUUAUUCUAGUCACCCAGACAGAUUCGCUGAUUAUUAUCAGGUCCUGAGUAGAGAGAGUCUGACUGGACGUUGUUACUGGGAGGUGGAGUGGAGAGAGAGAGGAGUUUUUAUAGCAGUCGCAUACAAGAAUAUCAGCAGAACAGGGAGGUCGGAUGAAUGUAGAUUUGGAUUCAAUGACAAAUCUUGGGCGUUACAUUGUGACACAAACAGUUAUAAAUUUUGGUACAACAAAGUCAAAACUCCCGUCUCAGGUCCUCGGUCCUCCAGAGUAGGAGUGUACCUGGAUCACAGUGCAGGUAUUCUGUCCUUCUACAGCAUCUCUGAAACCAUGACUCUCCUCCACAGAGUCCAGACCACAUUCACUCAGCCUCUCUAUGCUGGACUUUGGUUUUUAAAUUACGGAUCCACAGCUGAGUUCUGUAAAGUGAAAUAGUCAGAAGUCCUUUCAGGGACAGUGGGUUAAACUCUGUGUUUUAAUCCUUAAACUUCUUUUGUCUUCAUGUUUGUUGCUGAGAGCUGAUUGUUGGGGCAUUUCUUCACCUGUCAAUCAAACACUGUGGGCAGGACCCUUCCUGUGUCUGUUUAGCCAUGGAGGCCAUCACUGCUCAGGAUGACUUUUGUUUCUCUGCAUGAAAAUGGAAACUUGUCUGAGCUCUAAAUGUUUGUUGAAUAUUU